AUGACCACCAAACGGAAAAUCAUUGGCCGUCUGGUGCCGUGCCGAUGUUUCCGAGGUGAAGAAGAAAUCAUCUCUGUGUUAGAUUACUCCCACUGCAGCCUUCAACAGGUGCCAAAGGAGGUCUUUAACUUCGAGCGGACAUUGGAGGAGCUUUAUCUAGAUGCCAAUCAAAUUGAGGAGCUACCCAAGCAAUUGUUCAACUGUCAAGCUCUACGAAAACUAAGUAUUCCUGAUAAUGACCUUUCGAACCUGCCAACCUCUAUUGCUAGUUUAGUUAAUCUUAAAGAACUGGACAUCAGUAAAAAUGGUGUACAAGAAUUUCCAGAAAAUAUAAAGUGCUGUAAGUGUUUGACAAUAAUUGAAGCCAGUGUCAAUCCCAUUUCCAAACUCCCUGAUGGAUUCACACAGCUUCUAAACCUGACCCAGCUCUACCUGAACGACGCCUUUCUUGAAUUUCUUCCAGCCAAUUUUGGAAGACUUGUCAAAUUGAGGAUCUUGGAGUUAAGAGAAAAUCACUUGAAAACUCUACCAAAGUCAAUGCACAAACUGGCCCAAUUGGAAAGACUUGACCUAGGAAAUAAUGAAUUCAGUGAGCUGCCUGAAGUUCUGGAUCAAAUACAAAAUUUAAGGGAGUUAUGGAUGGAUAAUAAUGCAUUGCAAAUUCUACCUGGGUCUAUAGGGAAGUUAAAGAUGCUGGUAUACCUGGAUAUGUCCAAAAACAGAAUAGAGACCGUUGACAUGGACAUUUCUGGCUGUGAAGCCCUGGAGGACCUCUUACUGUCAUCCAAUAUGUUACAGCAGCUACCCGACUCCAUAGGACUGUUGAAAAAACUCACUACUCUAAAAGUAGAUGACAAUCAACUUACGAUGCUACCCAAUACAAUUGGAAAUUUGUCUUUAUUAGAAGAAUUUGACUGUAGCUGUAAUGAGCUGGAGUCGAUACCUUCAACUAUUGGCUACCUUCAUAGUCUUCGAACAUUAGCAGUUGAUGAGAAUUUCCUUCCAGAAUUACCCAGAGAGAUUGGAAGCUGCAAAAAUGUAACAGUUAUGUCUCUGCGCUCCAAUAAGCUGGAAUUUCUUCCUGAAGAAAUUGGACAGAUGCAGAAACUGAGAGUAUUAAAUCUGAGCGACAACAGAUUGAAGAAUUUACCAUUCUCAUUUACAAAACUUAAAGAACUUGCAGCAUUGUGGCUCUCUGACAACCAGUUGCUACAAAAUAUAGGUUUGUUACCCCCUACAAGAGACUUUUAUAAAGGUACCAAUUCAACUAUUUCUAUAGAUUUCCAGUCAGACAGUGACAGCUUUAAUCCUACCCUGUGGGAAGAACAGAGACAACAACGCAUGACUGUUGCCUUUGAAUUUGAGGAAAAAAAAGAAGAUGAUGAAGGUGCUGGGAAAGUUAAGGAUCUGUCCUGCCAAGCCCCCUGGGACAGGGGCCAGCGUGGGAUUACUCUCCAACCUGCCAGACUGUCUGGCGAUUGCUGCACACCAUGGGCCAGGUGUGAUCAGCAGAUUCAAGAUUUGCCCGUCCCCCAGAAUGACCCACAGCUGGCAUGGGGUUGUAUAAGUGGCCUCCAGCAGGAGAGGAGCAUGUGUACUCCAUUGCCAGUUGCAGCACAAUCCACCACUCUUCCCUCUCUAAGUGGCAGACAGGUUGAAAUAAACCUAAAACGAUAUCCAACUCCUUACCCAGAGGAUUUAAAGAAUAUGGUAAAAUCUGUUCAAAAUCUGGUGGGUAAGCCAAGCCAUGGAGUGCGUGUUGAGAAUUCAAACCCAACUGCUAACACGGAGCAAACUGUGAAAGAAAAAUUUGAACACAAGUGGCCGGUAGCGCCCAAGGAGAUUACAGUGGAGGAUUCUUUUGUUCAUCCAGCUAAUGAAAUGAGGAUUGGGGAACUUCACCCUUCAUUAGCUGAGACCCCUCUGUACCCACCCAAACUUGUUCUGCUAGGGAAGGACAAAAAAGAAUCAACUGAUGAGUCUGAAGUUGACAAAACUCACUGUCUGAAUAACAGUGUUUCCUCAGGCACUUACUCAGACUACUCGCCUUCCCAGGCUUCCUCGGGAUCCUCUAACACCCGGGUUAAAGUGGGGUCCUUGCAGACAACAGCUAAAGAUGCCGUUCAUAAUUCUUUGUGGGGUAACAGGAUUGCACAAUCUUUCCCACAGCCUCUUGAUGCUAAGCCAUUACUCAGCCAGCGGGAGGCCGUUCCUCCAGGAAAUCUACCCCAGCGUCCUGACCGGCUGCCAAUGAGUGAUGCUUUCACUGACAACUGGACUGAUGGCUCACAUUAUGAUAACACAGGGUUUGUGGCUGAGGAAACCACAGCGGAGAAUGCCAACAACCCUCUCUUAGGUUCCAAGUCGAGAAACAACGCGCCUUCCCACGGACGCAGGCCUCUGAUCAGGCAGGACAGGAUUGUUGGUGUCCCCCUGGAACUUGAGCAAUCUACACAUAGACACACGCCAGAAACAGAAGUGCCUCCUUCCAAUCCUUGGCAGAAUUGGACCCGAACCCCUAGCCCGUUUGAAGACAGGACCGCUUUUCCUUCCAAAUUAGAGACAACCCCCACUACCAGCCCCUUGCCUGAAAGGAAAGACCAUAUCAAAGAGCCUUCUGAGCUACCUGGGCCCUUUUCGCCAGGAGUACCAUGGGAGUAUCACGAUUCCAACCCCAGCAGGAGUCUUGGGAAUGUCUUUUCUCAAAUCCACUGCCGCCCAGAUUCAUCUAAAGGUGUUAUUGCCAUUAGCAAAAGCACAGAAAGGCUUUCCCCACUCAUGAAGGAUAUAAAGUCCAGUAAAUUCAAGAAGUCACAGAGUAUCGAUGAGAUUGACAUUGGUACCUACAAGGUUUACAACAUACCGUUAGAAAACUACGCAGCGGGCAGUGACCACUUAGGAAGCCACGACAGGCCAGACAAACUGCUGGGACCCGAGCACGGCAUGAUGCCCAGUAUGUCUCGAAGCCAGUCGGUUCCCAUGCUGGACGAUGAGAUGCUCACUUACGGAAGUAGUAAAGGGCCCCAACAACAAAAGGCCUCCAUGACCAAAAAGGUGUAUCAGUUCGACCAAAGCUUCAAUCCUCAAGGAGCCGUGGAAGUCAAAGCCGAGAAGAGGAUACCUCCCCCGUUCCAGCACAACGCGGAGUACGUGCAGCAGCCCGGCAAGAACCUCGCCAAAGAUCUGGUUAGUCCCAGAGCCUACAGGGGCUACCCGCCCAUGGAGCAAAUGUUUUCCUUCUCCCAGCCGUCGGUGAAUGAGGAUGCCGUGGUGAAUGCCCAGUUUGCCAGCCAAGGAGCCCGGGCGGGCUUCUUGAGAAGAGCCGACUCCCUGGCCAGCUCCACGGAGAUGGCCAUGUUCCGCAGGGUCAGUGAGCCCCACGAGCUGCCUCCCAGCGAGAGGUACGGCCGACCUGCCUAUAGGGGAGGGCUGGAUCGCCAAAGCAGCGUAUCCGUGACUGAGUCCCAGUUCCUGAAGAGGAAUGGCAGGUACGAAGACGAGCACCCUUCGUACCAAGAAGUGAAAGCGCAGGCGGGAAGUUUUCCAGUAAAAAACCUUACCCAGAGGAGGCCGCUGUCUGCCAGAAGCUACAGUACAGAGAGUUACGGGGCCUCCCAGACCAGGCCAGUUUCAGCUAGGCCUACCAUGGCAGCUCUUUUGGAAAAAAUACCGUCUGACUAUAACUUGGGUAACUAUGGUGACAAGCCAUCAGAUAACAGUGAUUUAAAGACGAGGCCUACUCCUGUGAAAGGGGAGGAGAGCUGUGGUAAAAUGCCUGCAGACUGGAGACAACAGCUGCUUAGACAUAUAGAAGCUAGAAGGUUAGACAGGAAUGCUGCUUACAAACACAACACAGUUAACCUUGGCAUGCUGCCCUAUGGAGGUAUUUCAGCAAUGCAUGCAGGCAGAAGCAUGACUUUAAACUUGCAGACUAAGUCUAAAUUUGAUCAUCAAGAACUACCUCUUCAGAAAACCCCGUCCCAGCAAAGCAACAUUUUAGACAAUGGACAAGAAGAUCUAUCUCCUAGUGGCCAAUGGAAUCCUUAUCCACUUGGGAGGCGGGAUGUACCUCCGGACACCAUUACUAAAAAGGCAGGCAGCCACAUCCAGACUUUGAUGGGGUCACAAAGCCUUCAGCAUCGCAGCCGGGAGCAGCAGCCAUAUGAGGGAAACAUAAACAAAGUGACCAUCCAGCAAUUUCAGUCACCAUUGCCUAUUCAGAUCCCCUCUUCACAGGCCACCCGGGGACCUCAGCCUGGACGGUGCUUAAUUCAAACUAAAGGGCAAAGGAGUAUGGAUGGCUAUCCAGAGCAGUUUUGUGUGAGAAUAGAAAAGAAUCCUGGUCUUGGAUUUAGUAUCAGUGGUGGAAUUAGUGGACAAGGAAAUCCAUUCAAACCUUCUGACAAGGGUAUCUUUGUUACUAGGGUUCAGCCUGAUGGGCCAGCAUCCAACCUACUGCAGCCUGGUGAUAAGAUUCUUCAGGCAAAUGGACACAGUUUUGUACAUAUGGAACACGAAAAAGCUGUUUUACUACUGAAGAGUUUCCAGAACACAGUAGACCUAGUUAUUCAACGUGAGCUUACUGUCUAA